AUGGAGUUCGACGCGCGGUGGCACUGGCCGCCAGUGUGGCCUACACUUUUCUGUUGCGUCAGCCUUAUCUCGAGCUUGCUUAUGCUUCUGACUAUAUUCACAAAAAUGAUCGAUUUAAGGACCACUUCAAAACUUCAAUCUACAGGCUCAGCUCCAGGGGAUGGUUACCCGCCUGUUGAGCCACUUCUGGACUUUGACUGGAAGACCAAGGAACCCAUCAAAAUCCGACCAUUUAAACCAAAAUACAAUUUAACGAUGAGUAAGUCUCUUCUCUUCUUUGAUAAAUUUACUUUCACUGAUAUCUUGCAAGGCAUUCAAGAAACGACGGUGAACGAGCUUAUCGAAAUGGACAAGAACUACCUUGACCGUAUCAUGCUUCGAAGGAGGCUUAUGGCGGAUUACACUAAUACAGUACUAGCUGCUGAGGAUUCCGUCAAAUCAGCUGUCGAUGAGUUUUACACAUGGCUCGUUGGAACAUAUCUUCCAACAAGGUAUCCGCGUAUGUUUCAAAUAAUAUCUCCUCCUGGUGGCAACUCGUCUGUUCUACGGAACUUGGUCACCGGAGAAGAUUUAUCUAUGUGUUCAAGUGAGGCACCAAAGGAAACCCUUCGGGCUCUAGGUGGCCUUGUGGACGACGAUUUUCUAUUUUUGGUACCGUCGGAAGAUGGCGACAGCUUCACUUUGAAAGGCUUCGUCACUUGUUUCCCGAAUGGCUUUAAUACAUCCAAAAAGCUGAACAUGAAGCUUCGGGACAUCCACAAGCCCGUCCCAAACUAUAAAGAGAAGCUAGAGAAAAGCAUGGAUCGAUACUUUGCGAAGCUUAAACCUGGAAGGUUUAUAAAAAGAGCCAAUCUCUUCACCGCAUCUGGAAACCACCUAUAUGAGGGCGAGAAAAUUUCCCAGGAAGAGGUUAAUAUCAAACUUGCUCGGGUUCGUGUGGAGAGGCAAUUUCUGCAUCGACUUCCUCGAAGCCAAGCAAUUGUGUUUUCAUUCAAGACUUUGCUCUAUACCUUACCGGAAAUCAAGGAAGAAGGAUUUGGGGAUGAGCUGGCAGAUGCCAUAGACGGACUGAAUAAUGGAAAUGCGCCCGGCUUCCACUUUUAUAAGCGAGCGGCUGUCUGGGGAGCUUCGGCAAAGGCUUACCUUCAAAGCUAA